GCUGAAAUUUGAGGCAAAAGCUGUGAAUUCAGAAUGGAUACAUGUUUAAGCCAGAUUUCCAGAUUGCUUGUUCUACCUCAAAAACACAGAUGUUGAUAUCAUAAUGAGACUGAAGGAUGGACUGGUUAAUUCAUUCCAGGCUCCAGUAGAUGUCCAUCAUGCACAGGAUGGCAGUAGCACAUACACUUUCCAAAAUGCUGAGUUGGAUUCAGAGGACUCUUCAGUGGAAGAAUUUGAAGCCAUGGAGCUACGUCCCAGAGGCAGAGCAGAGCAACAAGACAAAAGUCUCGUCAAAGACAGAGUGGGAGAUAUAAUUCUUCUAGAAAGACAGAUCACAGAAGAGGAUAACCUCAACAGGCUAGCACUCCAGUAUGGAUGUAUGGUGGCUGACAUCAAGAGAGUAAACAACCUCAUCAAAGAGCAGGACAUUUAUGCUUUAAAAGUCAUCAAAAUUCCAGUGAAAAAGCAUGGACUUUUAACAGAGGCAAACAAGGAAUUAAAGAAGCCACAGCAUGCUUCCCGUAAAACUAGUACAAUGCUCGGAGUGUCAGAAUGUGAGGGAUCUUCAACCAGUAGCAGGCGGGAAACUCACUAUACAGAUUAUUUCAAGGGCAUUGAACAGACCAUUGAGAACUUAAUAGUGACCCUGGACCAGCCAUGUGACAACAGGCUGAAUGAGGUCAUUGGCUCCAGUGCCGCUGAUGGAUCUUCUCCUAGUCCAGCAUCAAACAAAGACAUUCACCAUGGUGCUGACUGGGGCAUCCAGUGGUGGAAUGCAGUUGUGGUCAUGCUUCUAAUUGGGAUUAUUUUGCCAGUAUUCUACAUUGCCUACUUCAAAACCCAGGAACCUGGAGUACCCCCAGAUAUUCUAAAUAAAACAGUUUCCAAAAAUAACACUUCCAUGCAUAAAAAUCACACUGUAGUAAACAGGGCGUACGUAGCCGCUGCAUCUGUCACUUCACAGAGCAGAAAAGUUAACAGGUACAAAAGUCAUCAUUCACAAUUAGGCUAAAACUCUACGAUGUCUUGUCUUACUAGAAUGUUGUAAAUUCAGUUAAUGCCCUUUCUGUAAGGGAAAUGCAGAUGAACAGACAGCUAAUCUAUGCUCCCCAGCUCUGCAGUGUUGUAAAAAUCUGGCAAAAUACUGCAUAAAACUGAAAAUUAUGUAGCAGAUUUUAUUAGCUUAUUAUAUUAGUGGUGCAGUAUCUGUAUGUUCAACUAAAGUUGAAAUAAGUUCAUUUAGUUUGCUAAUUUUGUUUCUGUUUAGCAUUUGAAAUGAACUGUGCACGAACAAGGGUGGUAUAUUUUAAGACACCAGAAAUAUUAAACCAGUGUAUUAUUUGGUAAAAAAAAAAAAAAAUCUUGUUUUAUAUAGGUACAUCUAUCAGGUGUAGGUGUUCCAGUGUAAGUGUUUCAAAUAAUUCUCAGUUUAGGCUCAGCCUCAGGGGCUGCAGUAGAUUCAUUAGUGUAAUGUACUGCCUUCAGAACUUUUUAUGCUGCUAUAAAACAUUUGAGAAAUGUAAGUAUUUGUAAAGAAUUAACUUGAAAGGAAAUGUGUAGCAAUAGCUUACAAUGCAUUAAUUCAGGGUAUAAAUUUGCAGCUUUGAGUGCAAUGAAAUAUUCAUUAAUGUCUUUAAUGAGUCAUGUUUUCGGGCUAAGAAGAAGAAGAAAGCUGAUCAUGAAAAUUACUGAUCUUUGAUAAGAUUUGGUAAUAGACCUAUUUCCUGAAAGACUUCAUAGAAAAAUUCUUGCACAUCAUUGGCAGUGUGCGAUUAAAAUGUUUUAUUUCACUGUAUGUGCUAUGCAAUGUAUUGAUUUACAUAUUGAACAGAAUAACAAACAUUCUGUCGCACCCUGAGCUGAAUUGAUCUGCUGUGAAAUUCUUUCAGUGAAGAACUCUUUACAGCAUAAACAGCUUAAUGCUGAAUGAAAACCCAGUUUAAAAAUACUUUUCCUGCAAAUUGAUGGCUUGGGAAAUUCUUUGUGUUUGAAUGUGUUGUCUGGUAAACUAGAUUUUGUUAAAACAAACAGAAAAUGUUAACAUGUCUGCUGCAAGUCUGUAGUCUUUUUGAGAAGAUAAUGGUCAUUUUUUUUCCUGGAAAUGGUGAGAAUUUUCUGUGAUUAUAGAUGCAAGCAUAUGAGUACAACUUUUUAUUUAAGCUUAUAUGAUUAUUUAGUCAUUCUUUUAAAAGAAAGAGCAAAUUAAUAAGUCUACCUUGACACAGGUGUCAUAACCUGUAAACAAAAUGUCUGUUGUACCUUUUGCUAAGGCACUUAGCAGUCCCUUUUUACUAGGAGCAUAUUUUAUUUUACCACUUCACUAUCACAUUGAAAACCAUUUGCUGUCAGAUGAGGUGUUACUUAUAAAAUUGUGUCUAUAUUCAGGGGCUAUUUUAGUGGCAAGCAGCAUGAACAUUGGUGCAUGUACCUGUACAGACUGCUGAGAAGUAGCAUCUGCGUUUUGAUGAUGGGGCCUACAUUUUUUUCUCUCUUUUUUUCGUUUUUUUCUGGGUUUUUUUGUUUUUUUUUCCAGUGGAACCUACAUUUUGAGGUCACUCACCUGGAUAUCACAUUGAACAGUAUUUAUGUAUGUGUACCAUUUUACUAAAGAAGACCUCAUUAGAACAAUCAUUGCUCUGCUGUGGAGGUACUCGCAAAAAGGAAAAUUUGCUAUCGGAUUCAGAAUCCUUAGAAAUAUUUACUAGUGCAAGUCAGGUUCUGUCUUUUCUAAUGUUUAAUCAUUGGCGAAAGGUGUAGUAUGGAGUUUCAAACUCACAGCCCAAACGAGUGCUUUCAAGGAGUAUGUCAGCUUGUAAAGGUUGAAAUCUGAAUUUACCUUCAUAAAAAUCAAGUUUAUUGCCAAGGCUGGGGUCUGUGUUGCUACUUUUGGGAAUUUAUUACAUAUUGUAGCUGUCCUCAUAUGGCACAAUUUAUUUUUUAAACUAUAAUGAGUAACUACAUCUAUUUGUAAAAGUAAAUCUUUAUCCCAUGCAUUGACAUCAUGUGAUAAAAUAUUAAGUUUGAAAUUACAUGCUCCAGAAUCACUUUGUGUGAACCUGUAAGCUUGUAUUAAAUCUUGUUUCUUUUAUCUGUAAUAAAGUGAAUACACAUUC